CGGAUUCACGCUAUGGCACAUCAAAGAUGGCCGAGUUGAGGAUUCAGCGCUCUACGCAUGCGUGAAAGUUGGAAAAUAUCGACAUUUUUUCGUAAAAAUGAGACACAUGACGGUCUCGAAACGUAUCGCUUUGCAGCUAAGACAUUCUUCAUUGAGUAAGAAAGAGGUAACGUAUUCUAUAAGAGUUUAUAAGUUGUGUUUUUAAUGUGUACAGCGUCGCGAGCUAAGCGUCCAUUUGUAAGUCAUUCAUAUUUUACAAACGAGCCCUGCUUCCCAUAAUCCAGCGCGGCGUUAAGGAUAGAGCUGUCUACUUGGUUGUCUUUCCUGUCGAAAGUCUCUGGCAGCAGGCUGCUGGUAGCUUGACUGUGCAAAGACGGCAAGAAGCGACCGACCGGCGGGGGAGUCAGGCAAAGCAAAGCAAAGCAAAGCAAAGGAAAGGACAGGACAGGGGGAAUUUAGGCUGUGUCCCGUAUUUGGAAUAAGCAAGACUAGACUAUAGCUUUCCUCUUGACACAAAAACGAGCUCCUUUGUAACCUUCAAAAAUGACCCGCAUUUUUGACGGCUAACGUACGUGCUGUUGGAACUCUUGAACUAAUCGUCGUUUUGAACUGUGAAGAAACUAAAGAGACAUUUCUGGACGAAGAAUGGGAUUUAAAAAACAUAUCUGCCACCACUGAGUUGUGAAAACAAGGGAAUAUUUUCCAGUUGGAUGAUAAAUAACCAUACUGUCGAAAGGGGCCAAAUUCAGUUAAGCUCUGUUAACACUUUGCAUAUUGUAUGUCAACUCCUGGAAAAAAAGGGGCAACGAUGGCAUUUAGGAACGAAGAAAAGUAACGUUAACAUUAGCUCGCUGGCUAGCUAAACAGCUAACCUAGCAGGCUGCUAACUAAGCCUGUGUCGCCCUUCCAUUCCUGGAGCAGAGGAGGGGCGCUGGGGCUUUGUAGCAUUGCAGAUCUGCCUUGCAUUUUUGGGUUGCUGCAAGAAUGGAGAAUCCCAAACAUCUGCCACAACAACUAAGGGGGAUCUGUUGAACCGCAUCGACUCGAUUUUCUUCCAUUUACCACACAGAGAAGACAAGAAAACUGCCAGCAUACGUUGGGAUUUCAUCAAAAUCAGCCGGCCCGGGGCAGCCAGGGUCUGUAAUUGUGACUACUUCUUUUCGUAUGUGCCCUGUGGGGAUAGGUAUUGUAAAAUGGGGAAGUGCUACACGUCUUAUUCACCUCUUAGAUACUGGAUCUCGAGAGGGAGAUCAUGAAUAGGUCGGUUUUAACGCGGAAUUAGCCCCGGCUUGCCCUCAACUCAAAGUUUUAUUAUUUUCGAGACCUAUUCAAGGUGACAGAACUUCUUUGCAGGCCCCUCUGCGCUAACUAACAGGCCGAGGAGGUGUUUGCUUAUCCCCCACCACCACCACCACCACCUUCAUCAUCAUCAUCAUCAUCAUUACUUCAAAAACCAACAAGCCGGAAUAAUCAUGUCGGGAGAGGUGCGUUUGAAGAAGCUGGAGAAGCUGAUUCUGGACGGGCCAGCUCAGUCUAAUGGCCAGUGCCUGAGUGUGGAAACGCUGCUGGAUAUCCUGGUCUGCCUCUACGAUGAGUGCAACAACUCCCCGCUCAGAAGAGAGAAAAAUAUCCUGGAGUUUUUGGACUGGGCUAAACCCUUCGCUUCCAAAGUGAAGCAGAUGCGCCUGCACAAGGAAGACUUUGAGAUCCUUAAGGUGAUUGGACGAGGAGCCUUUGGAGAGGUUGCAGUCGUAAAAGUGAGAAACACUGACAAGGUAUUCGCCAUGAAGAUUCUCAACAAAUGGGAGAUGCUGAAGCGAGCUGAGACGGCGUGUUUUCGGGAGGAGCGGGAUGUGUUGGUUAAUGGGGACUGCCAGUGGAUCACCACCCUGCACUACGCCUUCCAGGACGACAAUAAUCUGUACCUGGUCAUGGACUACUACGUGGGUGGUGAUCUGCUGACUCUGCUCAGUAAGUUUGAGGACCGGCUGCCGGAGGAGAUGGCCAAGUUCUACCUGGCUGAGAUGGUGCUGGCCAUCGACUCGGUUCACCAGCUACACUACGUCCACAGGGACAUUAAGCCCGACAACAUUCUGUUGGAUAUGAACGGCCACAUCCGCCUGGCUGACUUCGGCUCCUGCCUCAAACUCAUGGAGGACGGGACGGUCCAGUCCUCCGUGGCGGUGGGGACUCCAGACUACAUCUCGCCAGAAAUCCUCCAGGCUAUGGAGGACGGGAAAGGAAAGUAUGGACCCGAGUGCGACUGGUGGUCCCUGGGUGUCUGCAUGUAUGAAAUGCUGUACGGCGAGACUCCUUUCUAUGCAGAGUCCCUGGUGGAAACCUAUGGGAAAAUCAUGAACCACAAGGAGCGGUUCCAGUUUCCGCAGCAGAUAACAGACGUGUCGGAGGAUGCAAAGGAUCUGAUUCGUCGGCUCAUUUGCAGUCGAGAGCACCGACUGGGCCAGAACGGCAUUGAGGACUUCAAGCACCACCCCUUCUUCACUGGCAUUGAUUGGGAAAAUGUUCUUACGUGUGAGGCCCCCUACAUCCCAGAGGUCAGCAGUCCUACAGAUACCUCCAACUUUGAUGUGGAUGAUGACUGCCUAAAGAACUCGGAGACCAUGCCCCCUCCCUCUCACACUGCCUUCUCGGGGCACCACCUGCCCUUUGUGGGUUUCACCUACACAAGUAAAUGUACACUGUCUGACCGGGGUUGCCUGCGACAGCUGGCAGUGCAGCCUGGUAAGGCAGGUCAGGACCAGGUGGACCUGGAUGUCCAGCGCAGCCUUGAGGACAGCCUGGCCACCGAGGCUUACGAGAGGAGGAUCCGCCGCCUGGAGCAGGAGAAACUAGAGCUGAGCCGCAAACUGCAAGAGUCGACUCAGACAGUGCAGGCCCUGCAGCACGCAACAGGCGAGGGCCCUCUCAGCGCUAACAAGGAGGUGGAGAUCAGAAGUCUGAAGAGCGAGAUUGACAUCCUCAAGAAGCAGAUCGCUGACUCAGGCCAACUUGAGAAGCAACUAGAGGACGUGACGUUGGCCCGCAGGGACCUGGAGGACUCAUCUAAACACAUCAAGAUUCUGGAGAAACAGAUGAAGAGCGUUGCACAGGAGAGGGAUGACCUGCACAAGGAUGUUGUGGAGGCCAAUGAGAAGCUGAAGUCUCAGUCGAAAGAGCUGAAGGAAGCCCACAGCCAGAGAAAACUGGCCAUGCAGGAGUUUUCUGAGCUUAAUGAGAGACUCACAGACCUCAGGUCGGCGAAGCAGCGCCUGGCUCGCCAGUUGCGCGACAAGGAGGAGGAAAUGGAGAGCCAGAGUCAGAAGGUUGAGGCUCUCCGCCUUGAGGUGCGAAAGGCCGAGAGGGCCAAGAAGGAGAUGGAGGCGCAGGCGGAGGAGCAGGCAGCAGAGGCUCAGAAAGAGAGGAAGCUGAGAGAGCGUAAUGAACAGUAUAGCCGACAGCUGGAGGAGGAGUUGGAAGGGCUUAAGUUGAAGCAGGCCGGUUCCUCUGCCGGCCCGGCCUCAGCAGACCAGACCCAGGAGGUGGGACGCCUGCGGGGAGACCUGGAGAAGAAAACGCUCCUGUACGAGGAGGAGUUGGCACGCAGGGAAGCGCAGCACAGCACCGAGCUGAAGGCCCUGCGCAAGGAGCUGCGGGAUGCUGAGAGCCAACACCUCGCCCUGCAGAAAGAGAUCCUGAUGCUCAAAGACAAGCUGGACAAGACUCGGCGUGAGAGCCAAAGUGAGCGGGAAGAGUUUGAGACCGAGUACAAGGAGAAGUACGAGAGGGAGAGAGUCCUGCUUACUGAAGAAAAUAAGAAGUUGUCCAGUGAACUGGAUAAGCUGACCAGCAUGUUUGAGAAGGUGAGCAGCUCCAACAGGCAGCUGGAGGAUGAGAUGAGGGAGCUGGCUGACAAAAAGGAGAGUGUAGCUCACUGGGAGGCCCAGAUCACAGAAAUCAUCCAAUGGGUGAGUGAUGAGAAGGAUGCUCGGGGCUACCUACAGGCUCUGGCCACUAAGAUGACAGAAGAGCUGGAGGGACUGAGGAACACCAGCCUGGGAGCGAGAGCCACGGACAUGCCGUGGAAGAUGCGGCGCUUUGCCAAGCUAGACAUGUCGGCCCGUCUGGAGCUGCAGUCGGCCCUGGACGCUGAGAUCAGAGCCAAGCAGAGCAUCCAGGAUGAACUGAACAAGGUCAAGGCCAACAACAUCUCCACUGAAUGUAAACUGCAGGAUGUGGAAAGUAAAAACCAGGAGCUCCUGGCUGAGAUCGACAGGCUGAAGAAAGAGACAGAGGAGCUGCGGCUACGACGGGGUGUCAAGCACCAGGAUUCCCAGAAUUCCUUCUUGGCUUUUCUCAAUGCCCCCACCUCAGCGCUCGACCAGUUUGAUGACUCUUGUUCCUCAUCCUCAUCUUCUUUAAUUGAGUUUUGGGAAGACCGCUCGCCAUCCAUUGGCCCAGCUAGCAAAGGCAGACGUGUGGACUCUAUGGAUAACUUCACCCCCUCUAACACUCCAUCCCGGGAAGAUGACCCUAAGUCCCACCUCAAGUCCCGCUCGCGUUCACCCUCCAUGGCUAGUGAUAUGGAGCCCAUAGAGUUGAUAGACCAUCCUCCUCGUACAGUCCAGACCCCUACCAUGCGCUCAGGAGGGUACGGUAGUAUUGGACGCUCCUCACCUAAGCCCAAAGCACAUCAGUUUGUGGUGAAGUCAUUCAACACGCCCACUAAGUGUAACCAGUGCACUUCCCUCAUGGUGGGGCUCAUACGUCAAGGUUGUACCUGUGAAGUGUGUAACUUCUCCUGCCAUGUAACAUGUGCGGACAAAGCUCCGGCUGUGUGUCCCGUACCUCAGGACCAGACCAAGGGCCCGCUGGGUAUCGACCCUCAGAGGGGUAUUGGUACCGCCUAUGAAGGGCACGUCAGGGUGCCCAAACCGACAGGGGUGAAGAAGGGUUGGCAGAGAGCGAUGGCUGUGGUGUGUGACUUCAAACUGUUCCUUUACGAACUGGGAGAAGGAAAAGCCACGCAACCAAGUGUAGUAGUCAGCCAAGUCAUAGAUAUGAGGGAUGAAGAGUUUUCAGUCAGUUCUGUCCUGGCCUCUGAUGUCAUCCACGCCAGCCGCAAAGACAUCCCCUGUAUAUUCAGAGUGACAGCGUCCCAGCUCUCCCCCUCCAGCAGCCACAAGCCCUCCAUCCUGAUCCUGGCCGACAGCGAUCAGGAGAGGAACAAAUGGGUGGGGCUCCUCAACGAGCUCCACCGCAUCCUCAAGAAGAACAAGCUCAAGGAGCGCUUCGUCUACGUCCCCAAGGAGGCUUACGACAGCACCCUGCCUCUCAUCAAGACAACACAGUCUGCUGCUAUCAUAGAUCACGAGCGUGUCGCCCUGGGCAACGAGGAAGGCCUUUUUGUCAUCCAUGUCACCAAAGAUGAAAUAAUCCGGGUGGGUGACAACAAGAAGGUGCACCACAUCGACCUGAUUCCCCAGGAGCAGCUGCUGGCGGUUAUCUCCGGCAGGAACCGCCAUGUCCGUCUCUUCCCCACGCAGGCCCUGGACGGCCGCGAGACCGAGUCCUACAAGCUGGCUGAGACAAAGGGCUGCCAGACCAUUGUCUCCGGCCCCGUCCGCAACGGCUCGCUCACCUGCCUCUGCGUGGCCAUGAAGAGGCAAAUCAUAUGCUACGAGGUGAACAAGAGUAAAGCACGUCACCGCCGGCUGCGAGAGGUGCAGGCCCCGGGGCCCGUUCAGUGGAUGGGUCUGCUCAGCGAGCGUCUCUAUGUAGGAUAUCAGUCUGGCUUCACCCGCUACAGUGUCCAUGGUGACAUGUCCCCUGUCAACCUGCUCCACCACGAGGACCACACCCUGGCCUUCAUCCCCCAGCAGAACCUGGAUGCCCUCUGCGCCGUCGAGAUUUCCAGCAAGGAGCUGCUGCUGUGCUUCAGCUCCAUAGGAGUAUAUGUGGACUCCCAGGGCCGCAGGUCACGUCAGCAGGAGCUGAUGUGGCCAGCUGUUCCCAACGCUGCCUGCUACAACGCCCCCUACCUGUCAGUGUACAGUGAGAACGCUGUUGAUGUGUUUGACGUCAACACCAUGGAGUGGAUUCAGACCAUCCCUCUCAAGAAGGUGCGACCUCUCAACGCUGACGGCUCUCUGAACCUGCUGGGACUGGAAACAGUCCGGCUUAUCUACUUUAGAAACAAGAUGGCCGAGGGUGAUGAGCUGGUUGUCCCAGAGACGUCAGACAACAGCAGGAAGCAGAUGGUGCGCAGCAUGAACAACAAGAGACGCUUCUCCUUCAGGGUGCCUGAGGAAGAGCGACUUCAGCAGAGAAGAGAGAUGCUGCGAGAUCCAGAGAUGAGGAACAAGCUGAUCUCCAACCCCACUAACUUCAACCAUGUGGCCCACAUGGGACCAGGAGACGGGAUCCAGAUCCUUAAAGACCUGCCCAUGAACGUCCGUGUUCAGGAGAGCCGUGCGGGCUUCAGCGGUUCAGUCAGCAUCCCCUCCAUCACCAAGAACCGGGCCGAGCCGGGCCGUUCCAUGAGCGCCAGCAGCGGACUGGGCAUACGAUCGUCCUCCCAGAAUGGCAGCGCUCUACGCAGAGAGCUGUCAGGAGGAAGCUACGGAUCCAAACGGCAGACCAUGACCUCUCCCUCUGAGAGCUCCCUGUCCUCUGGCGGAGGCAUGGACUGUGGUGAUGCUCCACUCUCACAGUUUGACAGAGAGGCAGUCUCACCGUCGGAGAAGACCCCCGAUCUGAAAAGGGCUUUAAGGACCCUGCUUAGUAAGAUGAAGGACUCGGACUCGCCCCGUCACUCCACGGCCUCCAACAGCUCCACCUUCAGCAGCCCUCCCAGUCCGGCCUCCCCACACAAGACCAAGUCCCUGUCCCUGGAGAGCACAGACCGGAUGGGCUGGGACACAUGAGCCUCCGGCAGCCUCUCGCCCGGCCAACCCCACCGACCGACCAACCGACCGACCGACAGCACAGGACUCCGAACCCUCCUCUUCCUCCUCCACCGCAGCCUCUCACAUCCUUUCUGAAUAUUUCCCCUCACUGCCCAGAGAACUGCACCUCCUGAUGAACAUUUGUCCAACUUUACAGCCUCAAUUUGUCUCUCAUACUUCCAAGACGGGGCAGAAACACUAAGAAAGCGUCUGCCGUCUCUCUGAGGGAGAAGUUAUCAAGAGUUAGUGGUAGCGUACAUGUGGGUGCUGAUCUUUGAGGGUGCAAAUGUGUGUGUGUGUGUGUGUGUGUGUUUGAGAGAAGCUGUAUGCGCUUGCCAGUGUGUGUGCAUGUGUUUAUUCAGAAAGGGCAUAUGAUAUAGGAAUGAAAACCUCCCAUCUCGGCUCUUUUUUGCUGUCAACCGAAGCAUCGAGCUUCGUCGACGCUACUCUGUCCACAGCCCCCCCCCGAUUCAUUCAGAGACUCAAAAACCUCACAAUGCAACAAAAAAGGAAGAGGAUUAUUAUUAUUGAGAGAAAAUGAUUUGUACUUGUACAUAGGACCCUUUGGGUUUUAGGGGACAAUAUUUUAAUUUAUUUAUCAAUCUUAGACGAGGAAAGGGAGGUUUGCUUCAUGGCCUGAAUCAGACGGCUGGAGUUUAAACCCCUCCUCACUUCCCUCAGUUGCUUUCUCUUUGGGUGCUGCAAAAAUUUAAAAUGUAUUAAGAAAAAAAAAAAAAAAGCAAGAAAGGAAAGCAAUGAUUUUUUCUUUAGCUCAUGAUACUAAGUGCAGUGACUUUAUAAUAUAUAAUUUUUUAUUUUGACCAUCAGCAAAAAGCUACAUGCACCGUUAAUAAUGCCGGCUCGUAUGACAUCAUCACAGCCAAUCUGUGCUACUCUCUUCCUCAUUGGUCCAGUGCGAGUGACAUCACCCAGCAGCCCUGGACGCGUCCUCCAUUGUAGUGUAGACGUUCCACUUAGCUGUACAACCAAACUGACCAACUCACGGGUUCCCAUCACAACAAUGUACAUAGGUUCAAAGUAGAGAGUAAUAUAUGAUAAGGAAAAUACUAUAGAGAACUACACGGGAAAGAAAAAAAUCCUCUUUGACUUUUAUUUUCCUUUUUUUUUGUUUUGAGAGUGAUUUGGGGUUGUAUUCACACACAAAGCCAUUUUAAACCACUUUCCAGUUUUCUUUUUUUACCGAUUGAUUUUAGAUUUGUUUGUUUUAUAUUGUAUGUAUAACACGCAUUGUGUGUUUUUUUUUCUUUUCCCCCCUCCACUCUGUUUGCGUUUGAGUGUAGAAAACUCAUAUAUAGAUCGACACUACUGCCCGUACUGUAGAGUGAAUACGUGCAUUUAUCACAAACUUCCUAUCACACAUGUAUCUACAUACACAUACUGAGGUGGUGUUUUUAUGCAGCAGAUGCCUUGUCCUGCUCCUCCUCUCACUGUUAGAGGAGAAGUGGCUCUGAUCAUUUAAUCAACAGUUAAUGUGUUUGUUUCUAAAUUCGCUGUGGUACCUGGAUGGAAAGAUCUGUCCUUCCACUGAGCUUGAUUUAACCAAAAAUGGACAAAAAGAGGGAGACUUUGUGACAUUGUCUUUCUGACAGCCUUUGCAUACUCUGAAGGUUUAGUUGAUUUGUUCAUUACAAAGUGACAUUUGUAAGAGCUCUUGAUUUAAAAAAAACAAAACACUAAAACGAGAAUGUAAACACACGCUGCGAGAAAGUCAGCACUUGGGUUUCCUUUUGUCUCGAUAAGCCGCAGAUAAAAUAACCUCAGUGUGACCUUUUGUCGUCUGUAAAAUGAACAGGGCUGGAUCUCUAAACCCCGCUCCAGGCGGGUUUUCUUUGGCAGGGUGGAAAGGCCUCUGAAAUAGCAUUGUACGGUGUGGCAGCUCCUGGCUGCAGAGCAGGGCAUUCACAGCCAAAAACCUGUUACCUCUGUUCAUCUUCUUCAGUUUACAGACCGAUCGAAAAGGCAUUUUACUCGAGGAAUCGCUCAUAGGGCAGAAUGGGGUAAGACUGUAAGGGAACAAUGUGCACGGAGCUGAAAACUGUCCUGAUAUUAAACACUAACUAUAAUGUGGUAUUAUCUGUAAGAAGAAUGCACAUCCUGUACUCUUAUACUGGCCUGUUGUUGGUUUCAGUGCAGAGGCUUUUUGAGAAACCUGGUCCUCUUGAGGAACAGGCUGAUGCUUAAUGUACAGUACAGUGUCCUGGGUCAGAAUCCUCCAGUUUGUUAGAAAGAGAAACAAAAACAAGUACUUUAGUGGUCAUUCCUGCCAAUUCCCCUGUUGAAACACAAUAAAGUAGCUCUAAACAACCCAUUCCAAGUGUUUUCUUAGUAUUCCAUUUUAUAUGAAGAGAGAGGGAGAGGUUUGGAGUGCCACGGUGCGACUAAGCUGAUUUUAUUCCAAACAAUCACCUCUUAGAAACUUUUUAAGCUAGUGUCUCCUUACUCCUUACUUCCUGCUGGAGUUUAUCUGUAGAAUGUAUUAGAUGGGGGAGAGAAAACUGUCUUAGUCAGGUGUUUUAUUAUUGGCCAAUAUUGUACAGAAAAACUGAUCCUAGAUAUCCCAGUUUAAGGAGAGGGGAAGAGAAACUCAGGAAAUGUCAGAACCAAUGAAUUAUUUUCAUUUAGAUGAAAAUGAGUGUUUAAGGUUUGUAUGAUGGAUGGAUGGAUGGAUGGAUGGAUGGCUGGCUGGAGUGAGAGAUGAAUCUGGCUGUAGUGUACAGUAGAUGUGACCCGGGUGGAGACAGCAGGAAGAAAAGGUGGUGAGGACUAGAAGAUAUAAAAAGAUGAAAGGUGUUCAGGGGUGAAGGGUGACAGGUGCUUUGAUGGCUGAGGUGCCACAGUGGUAACAUUUAAGAGGAAGAAUCGAACAUAAAAACAUUCAAACGCCUUUGCAUUUCAGUGAGGUCUUAUCUACAGUACCUUCUAUAUUAUUUUGCUCUUUCAUAUCAUAUUACACUUUGUUUUUUUCUAGGAUUGCUUUGUAAUAAUUUGUACAGUUUUGCAUGUUAUAGAUGUAAUCAUUUUUGUUUUCGGUUUGUUGUUUUACUUGGACUUGCUCCUUUUUGAACGGUUUGGGCGUUUUACUGAGGAUAACCCACUACAGGUGAUGUAGAUUCUUUUUUGCACAAAAAAAUAUUUAAGGUGUAAGGUCAAAACAAAAAAUAAUGUAUGGAACUGGCUGCCACACUUAUGUGGAGAACUCAUUAUAUUAACCUGACUCCGAUGUAUUUCAAUAAAGCGGAGGGCUGUUACAAAUACAA